AUGGUUCUCUCUGAGAGAUCCUCCCGGCAAUCCCUCAUCCCUAGCUUCCUCUAUUCCCCGUCUUCCGCGGUUGGAGGCGCCAGAUCCGUGGGUCUGGAGAGGCUCAUUCUUGCCAGGAGCGGUGUUGGCGCCUCGAGCUUGCGACCCUCCUCCCCGGCACCUGUUGCCCCCGACAGCGGAUCCCCAACGACGUUCCUCAUCCCGGCUCCCAGGGAGAAGAUCGAGCUGUACUCGCCCCAGUUCUACGCGGCAUGCACCGCCGGCGGAAUCGCCAGCUGCGGCCUCACGCAUAUGGCCGUCACGCCCCUGGAUCUCGUGAAAUGUAACAUGCAGGUGGGUUGGUUCGUUUCCAAUUCUUGAGGGUCUGUUCUCCCCCCAAGUCCAUCCAUUGCUCCUUUUUUUUAUUUCCUGCGAUUAAUAUCGCUCAUCGUCUGCACGAUCUUUCUCUUCAUCGUUUACAGUUCCUCGUUUGCAGAUUUUUUUUGUGUUUUCUUGCGUGUUUGGAUCCCUAACCUUCUUUUUUGCCUAUUUGAGUUAUACUGUACUUUUUCAUUAACCUUCGUUAGAAUCAUAAUGCAUAUUUAUAUGUUAGAUAAUAGGCAUGCGUAAUUGAAUCGUUCAUAUGGCCAAGGAUGAUUCUCAGGCGCUGGCACUAAUCAUGGGAAAUUUGCCAUUUCAGAUUGACCCUACAAAGUACAAGAGCAUUACAUCUGGAUUCGGCGUGCUGCUUAAGGAACAGGGUGUCAGAGGCUUUUUCAGGGGUUGGGUCCCAACUCUCCUAGGCUACAGUGCCCAGGGUGCUUGCAAGUUCGGAUUUUAUGAGUUCUUCAAGAAGUAUUACUCCGAUCUUGCUGGACCCGAGAACGCGGCGAAGUACAAGACGCUGGUCUACCUUGCGGGGUCUGCCUCUGCUGAAGUUAUUGCGGAUGUUGCUCUCUGUCCAAUGGAGGCUGUAAAGGUGCGAGUCCAAACACAGCCAGGCUUUGCCAGAGGUUUAUCAGAUGGACUCCCAAAGUUUAUCAGAUCCGAUGGCGUACUAGGGUAUGUUUUUCUAUAUUUCUUUGGUAUUUUAUAUUUUCUUUGUGUUUUGGUUACAUCUGUUUACUUAUUUUCCACGACGUUUCAGGUUGUACAAAGGAAUUGUUCCACUUUGGGGUCGUCAGAUUCCUUGUAAGGCCUUAAUUUCUCCUUGCCAGUCCAUCGUUUCAUUUACGGUUCUUUUUCUAGCUUAAAUUUGGAAUAUUUGUGGAUUUUAUUGUCAUAUUGUCAAAUCAUUUGUCAAGCUGCAAGAGUAUGUAGUGUUGCCUCCAGUUCUUGCACUAGUGUCAGUUUUUCUGCAUGGAUAUUGACAACUGUACAUAUAUUACGUUUAUUUCCCAUUUCUUGCUAAAUGUUUCUUUUUAUUGCUUAUUUCCCGGCUGCAAUUUUCUUGCCAUUAUUUCAGCGUUGACAUUUUAAGUUGUUUCAGUUCCUAUUCGUAGUCAAAUUGCCUUUACUUUAAGUGCCUCCUUGUAUGCACGUAAUUUACAUUCUAUCUGAGGUACUAAUUGUAAAACGAAAAUGGUAUAUACUGUUGAUCUAUAUGUUUUAGCUGUGAGCUGGUAUAGAGGAGUUGUGUUAGUGUUUGGAUAAAAUAGGAUCGCUUAUCUGGGCAAAGGGCGUCAUGCGGUUUAGGUUGAGUCUGACUGAACCCAUAGCAGGGUUGAACUUUCUGGCAUUAGGCCGUCGAGCUGAAUUGGGCCAGGUCGUUGCUGCUCAAUCCCAAUAUUUUAUUUUCCCAGUCACCAUCCUGAUAGGUUGCCGUAUGUUUUUUCCUAGCUGAAAAUUGUUUGAUUUUAUGUAAUUAGAUGGUUUGGUACGGUUAAUUAUGUGGGGGGAUCAACCUCAUCGUCCUUAAACAAGGGAAAUAAGGAAAAUUCGCUUGAAUUUUUUUUUCUAUUAUUAGAAAAUGUGACUGAUCCCUUAUUGAAUCGCAAAUGAGUUGAUUUAUUCAUCGCGUAGAACAUAAAGUUUUUCUUUAAUCUUAUAUUUCUCAGAUUAUCAGUUCUGGGGCGAGCCCAGAAGUCUUUUUACCAGCUGAUUUCAUUACCGUUGUGAGCUGACAUUUGUACAUUAUAAUAUCCGUCUCCCAAAGAGAUUUGUAUCUGUUUUUUUUCUCGUGGCACUCAACAUUAUUUGAAUCUUGGAUAUUAUAAGAACGUUUCAGUGAAGCUCGAAUAAUCUCUGAUGCGUUAUUCUAAUAAUUGUUCCUGGAGAUCCCUUCUUGCUGGUUUAAAGGCCUGUUCAUGGCAUUGAUACACGUUGACAUCAUUUCAUGCUUCAGUCAACGCUAUGCAUGGUUCUUAGCUGGCUUUUGAUUUAUUUUUUUCCCGUAGUAUUUUUUUCAUCUGAGGAAAGCUAUUUUUUUUUUCAGACACAAUGAUGAAAUUCGCCUCUUUUGAAACUGUCGUGGAGAUGAUCUACAAAUAUGCAAUCCCCACACCCAAGGACCAGUGCAGCAAGAAUCUUCAGCUCGGUGUGAGCUUCGGAGGUGGUUAUAUCGCCGGAGUUCUCUGCGCCAUUGUUUCCCACCCGGCUGACAACCUCGUGUCGUUCCUGAACAAUGCCAAAGGGGCCACUGUUGGUGACGUAAGUACUCCUCCUACUCCUCACUCGAUGCCGCCUGCCUGCGUCUUUCUCCCUUAUUUAUCCAUAGUUGAUCUUCGGAAAGUUUCAAAUUAGUCCUCGGAAAUGUUUGUGUAUCCCCUAGGAGACCCCCUCCCCCUUUGACUCUCCCCUAUUUAUCCUCUGAUAUCAUAAUUUUUAUGCUAGGAUAUUUUGAAAUCAGUCCUUCGGUUAUUUUUCAAAAUAAUAUUCUGAUAAGUUUAUCUAUCCAAAAAUAUUAUCUUAAACCGAUCUUCAGGAACAACCCCUUCGACUCUCCCCUGCUUGAUCUUUUGAUGCUUUCAAUUAAUUUCCGUGCAGGCCGUGAAGAAGCUGGGGGUGUGGGGUAUGUUCACCCGCGGGCUCCCUCUCCGUAUCGUCAUGAUCGGGACGCUGACUGGCGCGCAGUGGGGCCUCUACGACGCCUUCAAAGUCUUUGUCGGCCUGUGAGUAUUGAUGAUUUCUUCUGAUUAUUUCCCUUCUUCAACGUUGGAAAAUCCUACCCAAGAGGGCUAGAGAGAGACACACACACACAUACAGAUACAGAAAGAAAGAGGAGACAGGGGAGAGAGAAGCCGAUAGAGAGGGAGGGUAAUCACAGACACACACAGAAAGAGGCAGAGAGAGAGAGAGAGAGAGAGAGAGAGAGUGACGAGGCGUUGAAAAAAAAUUCCACUUAUGUGGUUUUUCUUUGAAUAUAUAUAUGGCCUCAGUUUUUGUCACUUGCUUGCUUUCAGGCCGACGACUGGUGGGAUUACUCCGGCUCCCGCCGCCGCCACUGCCGCCGCCGCCACCGUUCCGGCCGCCUGA